CCGGACACGUUUCUCCUAUUCAUCAAUAUCCCCAUUGAGUAUCAAAGCCAAUUUAUGACUGGCCAACAUGUGCACGUGAUCCCAUACAAAUACACCAUAUUUGGGCAGCGCACGUCGGAUCAAGAAUAAAAAAAGAUACCAAAGCCUACUCCACCUAUAAAUCCUGGAUUAUUUUUUUUAGAGCAGACAGCUCUGAAUUUUCCAAAAGCGGCUACAAAGAAAAGCAAUGAUCAACAAAAACAAGGAAAUAACCGCAACAUCCAUCCCGCAGCCCUCUCUAGUUUAAGACAAAUACUAUCGCUGGUGGUUUAACAUGAGCUCGUAUGUUGACAGCUCCAAUUUCAGGCAAACAAGCGAGACAACUUCUCCAAACAGUAUGUUUAGUUACGAUCUAUCUGGGCACAGGUCCAGCCACUAUGAGGAUGUUAAUGUGAACGGGCUAUUCACUUGUCCCGUCCCCACGACCUCUGUGGAGCGGGAGGAGAUGAAAACUAGCCUGCGUGGCAAUGCGGAUACUCCUCUCCCGUCAGGACCACAGAUAACCAUGAUCUCCGGUAGCUCGGCUGUGGACGCGAGCGGGCUCGGCUACGGCGGCGCGCUGCUGGGGCGCGGGGCGGACAGAGACCCGGAGAGGAGCGCAAAGUCCGGCGGCAACAAGAGCCAGGAGGGCGAAAGAAACGCGGAGAGUGCGCAAUCGGCGAAACGACACGCAAACUCGAGCCAGCGUCAGGACGGUGAGCCGCGGCCGCAGAUCUAUCCAUGGAUGACAAAACUGCACAUGAGCCACGAAUCGGAGGGUAAGCGGUCCAGGACCAGUUACACCCGCUACCAGACUCUGGAGCUGGAGAAAGAGUUUCACUUCAACCGGUACCUGAGCCGCCGCAGGCGCAUAGAGAUCGCCCACACCCUGUGUCUAAACGAGAGGCAGAUCAAAAUCUGGUUCCAGAACAGGCGAAUGAAGUGGAAGAAGGACUCAAAGAUCAAAGUGAAGGAGUAGAAGUGGCCCCGGUGAACAUGGGGGUGCACGCAGCACGUUUUCAGCCCCACACUGCACAGUGCUGGAGCGCCGCCUGACCUCCGGAUGAACUGCUAGGAGCAAUGACAUCAUGACACCGCUCUGUGUGCUUUAUCACCAAUUAUGUGUCACUCGCUGCAGUUUGGGACCUAAUGUAUUGAAUAUCGCUCACUUUGAUCAAUCGGUUUACAUUUCUAAAUUAAUUUGCAGCCCAUGCGAUGAUAACCUCACUUGACUGCACGAUGGGGACAAGAGGUUGAGGGGAGCAGGGCCCUGCACGCUGCGAGGCUGCUGGUCUGCGGUGCACUGAGAGGCUGCACAAUAAUAAUACUAAUACUAAUCCGAGGUUUCAAUGAGGAGGCUGCAGUGACAGCAUGCAACAUUCCCAGCUGUGUGUCAUCACAAACACUUUCAGAUGAACGGGAUCAAAUGAAGGCAAAAAUAUUUCUGACUGGUUGUAAAGAGCUGUCCUGUGAGCAAGUGUUAAAUAUUGCCACCACUAAAAACGACUUUUCCUCUCUUCUUCCCUUUCCUGUUGAUUUUAAGUGGACUCUCUAACAUUUGCAGUGCAGAGUUGGGAUGUCGUUGGACGUGUGGUGUCUGUUAGUGAGUGGAUUUUCAUUUCCAUCCAUGUUGUCCUUGUCAAAUCCCUGUGAAUCUAAAUCAUGAUGUAAAAUGCAGCGACUGUGUGUGAAAAUAUUGUGAUGUGCAAUGAAGUCAUUUCGCUUCCUCUUUGUGAACUGGAGGUUUACACGAGGCUGUGAAAUAACUUUCAUUUUGUUAAUUGUAACCAAUAAACUCUCAUUAUUAAAAUUCAGAAUACUGUCAA